AUGAACUCGGAUAGCAACGACCCGCCAAAUCCCCCUCUUGAGCAGCGCCAUCCGCAGGAGCAAUACCAACACCGCAGCGGCCCACGUUCCCUUGCUACUGAUAAUGCUCAGGAAGACCCACGGCGCCAGCCACAGCACUGGCAAGAGACAAGGCAACAGAUGCAGUAUCCGCCUUACCCCACUGCCAGCAUCCCGUACCAGCAGCAAGAUAUGCACCUACAGCCUGGAGCGAUACAUCACCAGCCUCAGUUGCAGCCAAUGCAGUGGCAGCAGCAGGAGGCGCAGCAGCCACUGCGGUGGCAGCAGCACGUGCCACAAACACGUCAGCAGCAGCAGGCGCAGCAGCGGCCUCAGCUGCCAACUCAGCAGCAGCAGAUACAGCAACCUCUGCAGCAGCCAGUGCAGCAGCCACAGCGGCCUUUGCAACAGGUUGGACCACAGCAGCAGGUGCUAUACCAGCCGCAAGGACACCUAACAUCUCAGCCCCAGCCACUUUCGCAGCAGCAAAAGCAACCGGAGCUGCAACGACAUAUCCAGCCCCAGAAGCAGCAACAGUCAUCGUUGGGGCAGGGUGGUAGGAGCGAGAUGCAGUAUUCAAUGCCACAACAAAACGCGCCGAGAAGUGCGUCCAGUGCAUUGGGUCACCCGGCCGAAAUCUCCGCAUCACGAUUGAAUGGCUAUCCUGCUGCUUCUACUGCUGCACCCACUAAUGCCAACUAUCAGGCCAGCGCAUGGAGACUUCCCCAAAGCACAGGGCAGCACAUGAGCUCCAGCUUUGUUGCAGGGGCUACUGCAACAAGUGGAAGACCCUUUUUGCAGCAACCGGUGGCACCGCAGCAGCACCAGCCGGAACAGCAGCUGGGGCAACCGCAGCAGCCUGUUCAGCAGCGGCCUUCCUUUUAUGCGUCUCAGGAACCCCCGUCAGAGACGAUGCAGCAACCUUCGGCGCUUUGCGAGCCAGUGCAGUACACACAAGAACAAUGUGCAUUCCCAACUGAGCCGCAACAGUCGCACGUGCAGCAACGGUACCAACACCAAGAAGAGGCGUUGUCACAGCGCCAGUCAAUGCCACAGCAGAAGCUGCUGCAGUCGCAGCAGUACUUACAGCCGCAGCAACAGCAGCAAAUAGUGGCGGAGCCAGCUGCUCCCCAGCAGCCGGAGCCGCUUCCCGGGUCUGCUCGCCCGUUUCCCUCACAGAUAUCCGAAAACGCAGCGCAGCAGCAAUACGACGGGUCACACGGGAGUAGGCCUCAACCCCCACAACUGGAGAGGCGUUUGCCCUCUCUUAUGGGGGUGGGCUUGGGAUCGUUUCCCUCAAGUGCGGAGUCCAAUGGGGUAAAGAACUCUCCGGAGAAAGUUGAAAACACUCAGAAUCCACAGCCACAACAGCAGCAGCUGCAGCAACAGCAGCAGCAGGAUACGUUUCCAGAAGACAUGCCGCCACUGCAACCACUUGCACGCCCCAUCAACAACAGAAUAGACCCAGCCCACAUACCUCGCCCAGAAUGGAAUGAACAAAUAACAAAUGUCUGCGGCAAGCGAAUAGAGACAGACAAGUCAGGAGCGUCUCCUCCUUCUCCAGCCGGGUUCUAUACAGCCGUCGACAAGGGCUGCUGCAGUUGCAGAUUCAUGCGCUCUACCAUCAACCAGGUUCCGGCAUUUAGCCACAGCUUAGAGCUUUCCCGGUUGCCAUUUGCCCUUGUCGUAACUCCUUUUGCUGCACAGCCUCCCACUGAAGAGGCAGUGCCGUUGGUAGAUUUGAGGAUUAGCAGAUGCCAAGCGGAGCCUUCAUACUAUGGCCAAGGAGUAGUAGCAGCUCCAGCAGAGCAAGAUAGAGCUGGCUUGCAGGCACAAACAGAUUUUUUUGGGGGCUACUUUGAGGUAGAAGACUCAGAAUCGGACGAGGACAUCAACAAAGGAGGCAGGAGCAGCAGGAACAGCACUGCUGCGGCAUCUAGUGAGAACCGAAGCAGCAGCAGCGCAAGAAGGGGAGCAAACAACGAAGGGAUAGUUCGCUGCAGUAAUUGCAUGGCGUACAUAAGCCCUUUUAUGUCUUGGGCAAGCAACAGCACUCACUGCGUCUGCAAUCUCUGUGGUUCCUCUUUCGAGCUACCCCCGUUUUACCUAACUUUGCUCGACCAGUACCGCAGUGGUUUGCGCGGGGGUGGUAGCUUGGGGGGCACAGCAGUUGAGGCGGACAGGUACUCAAAAUAUCGCAGAGUAGAGCUGUGGAAGGGCUCCGUCGAUUUUGUUGCCCCCAAGGCAUUUGCCGUUGCCUCCAAACUUGCUCAGCUGCAGCGCGCAAGGAAAGCACAGCUGCUGAAGCUGGUGCACAUAGAAAGUGAAGCCACAAGGCAGCAGCAGCUUCGACAACAGCAGCAGAACCUAACAGAACAGCAUGGACUACAACAGCAAUUCAACGAACUGGGCCAGCACCAGCAAGUGCAGCGUAGCAGCUACGGCAGCGCGCAGGCUGCAUCGUCACUCAAAGAGGGUUCUGAGAGCCCGUCCUUUGACGUCGCCUCCAGAUGCAGCAACAACAGCAGCAGCAUGCGUCCAUGUAUAGUUUUCGUUGUUGAUGCAACAGCGCCAAGUUUUUCUUCGGGCCUUUCUCAAGCAGUUGCAGCGGGUCUGGGACAAGUGUUGCAGGAUGUAUACCUACAAGUGGAUUUGUGUCUGAUUCUUGUAACGGAUAGACUAUAUUUCAUUCCCAACUACGCGCAAGCCCUGUCGCCGACGCAGCAAGAGCAGCAGCAGGAACUGCAGCUGCUGAUCGUGGACGAUGUGUUGGACCCCUUCCUGCCGAUCCCUGUAGAGCAUUGUUUCUUCCGACCUCAAGAUAGAGAUAGACUGCUGUGGGCAGUCUCGCAGCUCCCUCUGGCAAUCAACAACUGCCUAAAUAUCUCUCAAACCUCAGCAGCAAAUGCCGCGUUAAAGGUGGCGGUCGAUUUAAUAGCUGAGAGGUCUGCCGGGGGAAUGGUGGAGAUGUUUUACUGCACGUUGCCAGACAUUGGGGUCGGUGGGCUGAAGCAUUCUACUGGAGCAUCAAACGGGCCAGCGAAAGCCACCGAAAUUCACCAACAAGAUUUUUACAAUUCCAUCAUCACAAGAUGUUUCUCAGCAUGCGCAUGCAUUGACGUUUUCGCAUGCCCACCGCCCAAUCUAGCGCUAGAGCUCCAGUCUCUCGGCUUUCCUGCACAGCAGACCGGUGGCGACAUUCAUUUUGUGCCUGAAUUCUGCGCCUCAAGAGACAAGGAAUGGGUGGCCGCGGAGAUUAAGCGUCUCUUCACCUCUUGCUUUUAUUUUGACAUUGAAUUUAAGUUGCGUCUUUCCAAGGGCUUGGCCGUAGAGAAGAUCUUGGUUUCAUUUUCUGGAGCCAGGUCACUCGUGGACCAGGGCACUUUCCGGCUGCCUCGCCUGAGUGCUCAGUCGAGCCUACUUUUUCAGCUUAAGCACACCGAACAGCUGGAGACGCAGAAAAACGUGUAUGCUCAAAGUGUUUGCGCGUACACUCCCAUGCAUCCCUCUAGAAAAGUACCUAAUCGGCGUCUGCUGAGGGUUCACUCACUAUCGCUGCCGACAACAUUUUCUCUUGCUUCUCUAUUCCGUUAUGCAGAGGUAGAUGCCACAGCGUUCCUUAUGGCAAGGACGUCGGCCAUAAUGGAACUUCAUCAGGAGCCCAACUGGAGAGAGAAAGCUAUAAAAAACCUUGUGGAGAUACUCAGCGCCUACCGCAUAAACUGCGCCAGCGCUUCCUCUGAGGGUCAACUUAUCUUGCCUGAUUCUCUCAAGCUUCUCCCAGUGUACUUGCAGGCGUUAUUUAAGCACGCUGCUUUCCGCCAGUCGACAGUGGACCCUCAGGUCCGUCUGUUCCAGUUGCUGCAGUUCCUGCGGAUGUCGAUUUCGGAGUUCUCCACCCACCUCUAUCCACGGCUGUGUCUUCUACACAAGUCUUACGUACAGCCGCCUACAGCCAAAGAGCGCAAAGCUCUUGAACGGCUGGGGGACUAUUCGGGUGUCGGCGACUUCGUCUGGAUGCCCCUUUCGUUACCGGCUAGCGGAACGAACAUUUUGAGUGACGGGGUAUAUUUAUGUGAAGCUGGGUCAUAUAUGUUGCUGUACAUAGGCCAACAUGUACGGCGAGAAUAUAUAAUUGACCUCUUCGGCUUUGACGCGAAGUUGGACGAGCGCUCAACGGCGGAACUACGUCUGCAGAAUGUCGAAGGAACUGCUGGGGCAAAAGUUCUUCGCGUCAUUGAACAAAUUCGUUUCGAGAAGUUUGAUGCGCCUUUUAUCCCCCUGCGCAUUGUCGCACCAAGGUCUUCAGACGAAACUCGUCUGUUGACGCACCUGAUUGAAGACCCGUUGAGCGGAGAUGGGAGCUACGUAGAUUUCUUGUGCGACCUCCACAAGCGAGUGCAUGCGAGGAUGGAGGACAGCUGA